AUGCGGCCUCUGCCUAGCUUCCUGCUUCUAUGCGCGAGCUACGGCGGGACCGCUAUCGAGUAUGGCUUAUCCUCCGGCCAGUCUGGCCUCGACUAUUGCAUCGCCGAGGCCGACACCACCAGCGACAUGACAGCAUCGACCACCAUGGCAGCUCCAACGGAUUUCAUCCCUUUUUGGUUUGGAGAUCCGUGUUUUGGUUUCGGUUUGGAUCAAACUUGUUACAGCGAACGCGACGCGGCCUCUGGCCUAGCUUCCUGCUUCUAUGCGCGAGCUACGGCGGGACCGCUAUCGAGUAGUGACGACAACUGUUUUGAGGAGGGUUUGUACUUCGAACUAAUCUUUGAGGGAUCGCAAGUGGCUAUGGUCUAUCAAGGCUCCGCCUACAGCAGCAAAGAGUUGAAAAAGCUAGACGACGAGUUCCAGGCCGCCUUCGGAGUAUCCAUAAUGAACCCGAUCACCUUCUUUGCGCCCCCCUCGCUGGUGAGCAAACUGUCGUCUGAGAUGCUGUUCCGGCGCCGCCUUCAUAAGGCAGAGAAGCACGCGGAGGGGUUGGCUGAGAAGGCACUCCAGGCCCAGAGCCGACGCGAGCAGCGCGCGAGAGACGAGGCGGCCGCGGCGCAGAAGCGAGAGGAGGAGGCGCAGCGGCUCAGAGCUAAGCGGGCAGCGGACGAGGCGCGCCGAGAAGCGGAGGCGGCGGCUCUGGAGGAGCAGAGGCGCGCGAUUGCGGCUGAGGCGGAGGCGAAGCUCGCUUGCGAGCGCGCGGCGGCGCAGGAGGUGGCGCGGGUGAAAGAGGCAGAGAGGCUCGCAGCCGAGGAGCAAGCACCAGAGGCACUGCGGCCGUCAGAUGAGAAGCCGGAGGUGGCGGAGCGGCUGUCCGUCGCUGAGUCGCUCACUCACGGGGCGGAGGUUGCAGCUGCUGCGCGUGUGGCGGAGGCUGAGGAGGCAGUUGAGGCCCGGGCGGUGGCGGGGACUAGGGAUGGAGGAGCGGAUGCGGGACGACUAGCGGCCACUGCUAUGGCAACGGAGGCAGCUGUCGCGGUGGCGAGGGCCUUGGAGGCUGCGUCGGCGCUGAGGGCGGCCGCAGCGUCGUCAGCCGCGGCGAGGGAGGAGGCGGAGGCAGCGCAUGCGGCUGCACUGCGCGAGGCUCGGGCGCCGGAGCGGCCUGCAGCUCCCCUGCCGUUCAGGCUGCGGCGCAUCUGCGAUGCGCUCGGGUUGGAACCGGGGCCAAACUUGCCCGCGACGGUACGGAAUGCGGCAGCGGUGCUGGGCAUCACCCCCGUCGGGUCGGGUUUGUUGGGCAAGGACACGCCGUACGCGCGCUUCGGCUCCGAGGUCGCCAUGCGCUUCCUGUCGCCCGACAGCCCGGCGUCGCAGCGCAGCCUCGAGCAGUUUGCAGACUACCUCUCGCAGGAGUGGUACCGGCCGCUGGUCGAGUGGAGCGAGAUGCGGUGGGACGGCGACCUCGUCCUCCUCGGCAACGGCGCCGAGGCCUACCAGCAGGCGGGGGUGCGCUCCUCUCCGACAGCAGCGUGGGUCAGCAUCCGGUGGAUCCUCGCCCGGGUCCUUGCCGAGGGAGGGCACGAGGAGUGGCGUGUGGCGACGGUCUUCGUGCAGGAGCCCGACUCGACGCAGAGCGACGACCUCGAGGCGGCCGCCCUCGCGCUGCCCGCCGAGGCUGCCGCCGCGAUCAGCCGCUGGCGGAAGCGGCAGAUGGCAGAGCCGCGCGCCUGA